AUGGCUACAACACCGGACCAACACUGUGCUGCCGUUGACGAUACAUUCGGUCCCUAUGCUGGCCCUCACUGCCGUGGAGGGUUCGAUUUUACUCUUCUCUUUUCUGAGAUCUUCCUCUCCAUAAUACCUAUUUCGUUAUUAAUUAGCAUUAUACCCUUCGUCGCAUUCCGUCUUUUAAGAACACCAACCAAAGUUUCAAGAUCUUCUUUACUAUACACAAAACUGAUAGCAUGGGCUGUAUUCGCUGGCUUCGAGCUUGCCCUUCUUGUUGUAUGGACAGGUCGGCAUAGAACGAAUCAUCGUGCCGAGUUAGCCUCUGCUGCCCUCAGCUUCGUCGGUGCAGUCCUCUUCGGAGUCUUCUCCUUCUUCGAGCAUCUGCGCUCGAUACGCCCGUCAUUUUUGUUGACCGUAUACCUCCUGUUCACCUCCGUCUUCGAUAUCCAACGCUCCCGUAGCUACGCACUCUCCCCCGAUUUGGACCUCGUAGCAACAGUUUUUGCUUCGCGACUUGGUGUGAAAGUGUUCUUGGCAAUAGUCGAGGCUCGGGACAAGCGACGUCUUCUGCUCCCAGAGUUCGCCGACUGCCCACCAGAGGCCACAAGCGGUGUGUACAGGCGUACCACUUUCUGGUGGCUCAAUGACCUGUUCAAGAGUGGCUUUUCCAAAGCGCUGGCAGUGGAAGAUCUCUUUCAGUUGGAUAAGCAUCUACGAACCGACUAUCUACAUGAACUUCUAGGUUCAGCAUGGGAUAAAAAGACCAUUGUCGGACCUCAUUCACUUUUUGCAACAACAUUGCAGAACCUCAAAUGGCCCAUACUUGCCGUCGUCCCGCCUCGACUAUGCCUGAUUGGCUUCAAUUUCUGCCAGCCUUUCCUCAUCAACCGAGCUGUCAAAUUUUCUCAAGAUCCUGCGACGGCACAAACCAAGAAUAUCGGCUAUGGGCUGAUUGGCGCAUACAUCCUUGUCUUCAUUGGCAUCGCGAUUUCCACCGGCCAGUACAUGCAUCUCACAUUCCGGUUCAUUACACAGAUGCGAGGCGGUCUUAUUGCCAUGUUGUACGGCAAAGCGACGGAUAUUGCGUUGACUGAUGUGGAUACUGCUUCCUCCCUCACGCUUAUGAGCGCUGAUGUUGAGCGCAUCGUGACUGGUAUGGAGACUGGCCACGAGAUAUGGUCAAAUGCACUCGAAAUUGCAUUGGCAAUGUACCUCCUACAGCAGCAGUUGGGUGCGGCGUGUGCGAUCCCUAUAGGUGUUGCCGUUCUAUCUCUUCUUGGUUCUAUCGCCGUCACGAGCCUGAUCAUGGAACGCCAAGCGCUCUGGCUCGAAGGCAUAGAGCGUCGCAUUGCAGCUACAAACGGAAUGCUCAACUCCAUGAAGGGUGUGAAGAUGGGUGGUCUUACCGAAGUGCUGCGAGAAGACCUCCAAAGACUGAGAGUGGAUGAACUGAACAUAUCCAAGAAGUUCAGAAAACUCCUCAUUUGGACCAUGGGCUUCUCCUACAUAUCUCCGAUAGUGUCACCAAUCUUGGCUUUCGCAGUGUUCUCAAUCAUUGCCAAGAACAAGGAUGGCGGGGGCAGUCUGGAUACCGCGACAGUCUUCACGUCGCUCUCUCUUUUCACACUGCUCACAGAACCCCUCGGCUCGCUUAUCAUGGCGCUUUCGUCGCUCAUGGGAGGUGUAGGGUCAUUCCAAAGAAUACAAGAAUUUCUUACGAUAGCUCCGCGAGAUGAAAAACGGAAGUUUCCUUCCUAUCGUGGUGGAAGCCUUACUUUGGUUUCGGAGUUAGAAAGCGGUUCGGACAAAGGCUCUGAGUCUUCUCAGAAGAGCCGCUGCUCUGUUGAGUUCAAGGAGCCCAGUUCUCUUGGCUCCCAAGCCAUCGUUAUCGAGAACGGGUACUUCGGAUGGGACCCGAUCAAGCAGCCUGCUGGUACCUUGCAGGAUAUCGACAUGAUCGUCCCGCGAGGGAAGAUUACCAUGGUCGUGGGUCCUGUCGGUUGCGGCAAGUCAACCCUGCUCAAGGCAGCGUUGGGUGAGCUGCCGGUUAUGGGGGGCACCCUGCAGGUCUCUUCCUUGCGGAUCGCCCUGUGUGACCAAAGUGCAUGGCACGUGAACGGCACAGUGCAGGAGAGCAUUAUCGGUGUUUCAGAGUUUGAUCAGCGAUGGUAUUCGUCGGUUGUACGAAGCUGCGCGUUAGAUGAAGAUCUACGGCAGCUACCUCAGGGUGAUCAAACUCAGAUCGGCAGCAAGGGUAUUGCAUUGAGCGGAGGUCAGAGCCAGCGCAUUGCUCUUGCGCGAGCAGUGUAUGCACAGAAGGAUAUCAUCAUCCUUGAUGACUGCCUUAGCGGCCUUGACGGUCAGACUGAGACUCGCAUCUGGCACAGUCUCUUUGGCAACGAGGGACUGUUGAAGCGUUGCAGGACGACUGUUCUUAUCGCAUCAUCGUCAGCAAAGCGAGUGCCAUAUGCCGACCACAUUGUCUCUCUCGACAAGAACGGCAAGAUUGCAGAACAAGGCUCAUUCGAAAAUCUCAACACCUCAGGCGGUUACGUGUCAGGUUUUGAUCUCGCACUCGCCGACUGGAACUACCGGCCUGGGAAGCAUGAUUACGAGGCUCCACCUCGCUACACUGAGCGUCAAAUCGACAACAGCAAUCGCACUGAAGACGAUGUUCAAGCAGAGGCAAACCGCCGCACAGGAGAUACUGCUAUCUACUUCUACUACAUCAACUCGGUGGGCUGGAUACCGACAAUCAUCUUCAUGGGUUCCAUUAUCAUCUUCAUCUUUGGCAUCUCAUUUCCGUCGAUAUGGGUGAAGAUGUGGGCGGAAUACAAUGAUUCUCACCCAAAUGAACGACUCGGAUACUGGUUGGGCAUCUACGCCAUGUUUGGCGGGUUAGCGCUCUUCUUCCUCAUUGUCAGUUGCUGGCAGCUCAUCAUCACGAUGGUUCCCCGUUCCGGCGUCGCAUUCCACAAGAAGCUUCUGGAUACGGUUCUUGGAUCGCCCAUGUCCUUUUUCUCCACUACCGACACAGGAGUCACACUCAACCGUUUCAGCCAAGAUCUCAUGCUCAUUGACAUGGAAUUGCCGGUGGCGGCGCUGAACACCUUUGCCACAUUCGUCAUGUGCAUUGGUCAGAUGGCUAUCAUCGCCGUUGCCUCGCCUUACGCUGCCGUCUCUUUCCCUGUUGUGGGAAUCAGUGUCUACUUCAUUCAAAAGUUCUACCUUCGCACGUCGCGCCAACUUCGUUUCCUGGAUCUGGAGGCCAAGUCGCCGCUCUACACUCAGUUCACUGAGAUACUAGAGGGACUGGCUACGAUUCGCGCAUUUGGAUGGCAAAGCUUUGUCGAGGAGAAGGCGAAGGCAUUGCUUGAUCUCAGCCAGCGCCCCUUCUACCUUCUCUUCGCUGUCCAGCGUUGGUUGACACUCGUGCUUGACUUGGUUGUUGCAGCGGUGGCCACCAUACUCAUCGUGCUUGUCGUUACACUUCGUGGAAAGUUGAGCGCAGGAUACGUCGGAGUCGCCUUACUCAACGUCGUCCUCUUCUCGCAGAGCAUUAAAUUACUCAUCUCUUUCUGGACUCAACUCGAGACGCACAUUGGUAGUGUCGCAAGGAUCAAGAACUUCACCACCGAAUCCCUCGCUGAAGACCAUGACGACGAAGAUUGCAUUCCCCCAUCCAACUGGCCGAGCGCUGGGAAGAUCGAGUUCCAGAGCAUUGAAGCAUGUCACCGACCCGGUGAGCCAGUCAUCUCCGACUUCUCCCUGUCUAUCAAGCCCGGGGAGAAAGUAGCCAUCGUCGGUCGCACCGGCAGCGGCAAGUCCUCGCUUGUCCUCUCCCUUUUCCGAAUGAUCGAGCUCUCAUCGGGCAACAUUACUCUCGAUUCGCUCCCUCUCACGCGCAUCCCGCGCCAAACAAUCCGCAGCCGGCUCAUCGGCCUGCCACAAGAUGCGUACCUGCUUCCGGGCUCCAUCCGUCUCAAUGCCGACCCUUUGAAGCAGUCCAGCGACAAAGCCAUCAUGGCCGUGCUCAAGGAUGUGCUGCUCUGGGACAUUAUCGUCGCAAAGGGUGACGUCGACAAGUACGCGCACCCCCUUGACGUCGAAGUUGAGGACCUGCAUUUCUCGCAUGGCCAGCGUCAGCUCUUCUGCCUCGCGCGCGCCAUGUUGCGCAAGGACAAGGCUACUGUCGUCAUCAUGGAUGAGGCUACUAGUAACCUCGAUGCCACGACCGAUGCACAUGUCCAGCGUCUUCUCCGCUCAAACUUCCCCCACCAUACACUCAUAUCCGUUGCGCACAAGCUUGACACCAUCCUUGACUUUGACAAGGUCGUCGUCAUGAACAAGGGUCAGCUUGUUGAGUACGGUGCGCCGUACAAGUUGCUGGAGCGCCAAGGGAGCUGGUUCAAGAGUCUGUAUGAGGAUGUUGCUAGGAGGGAGGAGGCGGAGGAUGGUCUGGAAAUUGUGAAUUGAUGAACACAUGUAUGUGACAAAAAGGGAAAAA